AAGCUCUCUCACUCCAUCCUUGACCCACCCGCCACGUCGCCACUACACGACAACCCAGACCAACCGCCACGUCAGCAAAUGCAGUGGGACGCGUUCCGCACAGCGCGGAUGGCGGGCGCGGGUCUCUUGCUAUCCGGGCCGACUCUUCACUUGUGGUUCACGCGCAUCGCCAGGUUCAUCCCAGGGACGGACGUGCCUCGUGUGCUGCUCAAGAUAGCCAUGGGACAGCUUCUGUACGGCCCUGUCUUCAACUCCGUGUUCUUCUCAAUCAACGCUGCUCUGCAAGGUGAAAACAAGGAGCAGAUAGUUGCUCGCCUGAGACGAGACCUGCUACCAACGCUCAUCAGCGGUGCCUGCUACUGGCCUGUCUGUGACUUCAUCACGUUCCGAUACGUCCCCGUGAGACUGCAG